UCUGGCAACUCUCGCCCGUUUAGUUGUUAUUUGUGGCAUUAGCUCGAGAAUUUGCUGCAAAAUGGAUGUGGAGAAGAUUUGUCGCACCUGUCUCAGCCUCUCCGGCCCAUUCCUGUCUAUCUACGAUGGUGGGUCCGGCAGCUGCUUAGUCGAUAUGCUGCGCGAAUUCACCAGGACGCAACCGCGUCGCGAAGAUAAUUUGCCAGCGAGAGUUUGCUUGAGCUGCAUCAGCGAAAUCAAUCACUGCUAUUCGUUUAAGCUCAAGUGUGAGAGCUCGAAUCGCACGCUGCGCCAGCUUCUGCCCAAUGCGCUGCCCGAGCAGCCCGAAUUCGUGGCCAAGCCAACAGUGGCCACAUCCGAGAAAUCCAUGCAAACCAACGAAGUGCAAACAGUCACAGCAGAAGCGCAAACGGAUGGGGUGACCACAACAGAUGCGACACAAAACACCAGCCUACAGGAGCCAGCGCCUGUGACCGUGCAGCCCCAGCAACAAAAUGAGGAAGAGGAGGAGCAGGUGGAGGAUGAGGACGAAGAGGAGGAGGAGGAGCAAGAGUUUGACUAUGAGUUUACAGAAGAACAGGAGGGCGAUGAGGCGCCGUCCAAAGCAAGUGCUGAAAAUAUAAUACUACACGUGGAGAAGGACAAUGAGAAGUAUGAAACGGAAAUGGUGUACAACAAAACAACCGGGGAACUGCUAGAACAGAGUGUCGAGAACGUUGACAAGCAGAAGGAAUACAAAUAUCGACUUGUCAGCAAUGGCAAUGGCGACACAUUCAUCUCCCCGGAGCCAGCGACCGCUGCAGCUCGCAAAGAGCUGAUGUCUGAUCAGCCAGAGACUCGUGCAACGUCAAAGCGACGUCGAGCGGCUGCUGCUGCUGCUGCUACUGUUGCGGCACAGCUCAAGGAGCAGCCGGAUGAGAGGCCGCCAUCAGCUAUGCUCGGCAAGAAACCAAAAAUCAACAACUUCAAUGAAACGCCUGCAACUGAAAUGGAGGAGCUAAAGGCCAAUUUCCACUGCGAUCGCUGCAAUGCCGGCUUUGCUCUGGAGAAAUCCCUCAUCAUUCACCGCAGGCAAAACGGCUGCACCCAUCGCAACUUCAAGUGCAACGAAUGCAAGCGCGUUUUCGUCUCGAUGGAUCAUCUAACCGAGCAUCAGGCGACGCAUGGUACGUUUAUGUGUCAGGAGUGCGGACUGCGCUGCGAGUCCAUGGAGCAGCUGGGCAGGCACAUGGUGCAGACGCACAAACGCAAUCUGCGCAAUCAGUGCAACAUUUGUCAGAAGGUCUUCACCAUGCUGUCAACGCUGCGGGAUCACAUGCGCAUCCACACCGGCGAGAAGCCGUUUGUGUGCAACGUGUGUGGCAAGGGUUUUACGCAGAAUGCCAAUUUGCGGCAGCACAAGAUGCGACACUCGGAUAUCAAGCGCUUCAAGUGUGAGCUGUGCAGCAAUUCGUUUGUGACGAAAGCGGAGCUGACCUCGCAUGCACGCACCCAUACGGGCGUCAAGCCGUAUCAGUGCGAGGUGUGCUCCUCCAAAUUCACCACCAGCUGUUCCCUGGCCAAGCACAAGCGCAAGCAUACCGGCGAGCGUCCGUAUGCCUGUGAUCUGUGCCCCAUGCGAUUUACGGCGUUGAACGUGCUGAAGAACCAUCGACGAACGCACACCGGCGAAAGACCAUUCGUUUGUCCGUUCUGCUCGAAGAGCUUCACGCAGCGCGGCGACUGCCAGAUGCAUCAGCGGACGCAUCAGGGCGACAAGAUCUACAUUUGCCCCGUUUGCAAUGAGGAGUUCAAAACGAUGAAUGAUAUGCGAACGCAUCUCACGAUACACGAGCAGGAUGACAAGCGAUUGGUGCACUUCACCCUGCUCAGCAACAAGGAGAAUGGCAGCGGAGCCCUGGAGGAGGCCGACGACGAUUCGGAUGCAACGCAGGAUUUACUCUAGUUGAGGGCUGGAUAACUUUCCCUAUGGGAAUCUAUAUAAUUAGAUAUAUAUAUAUAUAUAUGCUAGAACUUAAGUUGGGUAUUCCUUAGGCACAAGAGCUAAAAAGCUAUCGAUGUGUGCCACAAGAUUGAUUGAUUAUUUGAUGACACUAAUAAUUCCUGCCACAACUCGAUUGUUUUUCAGCUCUAUUUAAAAAAAAAAGUUAAUGCGUUCUUAUAGAAUUUACUUAGUCUUUAAUUGUAGCUUACAAGUGUAGUUAUUAAAAUGCUUAUGAAUCGA